AUGAAAACACGUUGCAGAGCAGAGAAGCUGCAGUACGAGAAGAGAAAGAACGGGCUUUCAGGAGAAGCCACUGGCUGUGUGACCUGGUAUGGUUUACGUGGAAAUGGAAAAAGUAAUGUUUUUUUGAAAUAUUGGCCUCGUUAGCUGGAGUCAAGAAAGGUUUUUUUGACGCGAAAACAUCUUUGGCGUGUUCGAAGUUUAUCUCGAGAUCGGAGUGGAGUUCGCCAGAAGGCGAGGCCACUAUUUGUAACUGACACCCUCUCGUAUUCCAAACAAGUUCGGAGCAUUGAAGACACUUUGAACAGACUUUGACGUAAGGUCAUCGCUCAACAAGAGGAGACUUCUUUCGCUGACAAAGAGAGAUUUCUGUGUUCGAAUUGUGCAAAGGCGUGGACUUUGAAAUCUUUGAGUCCACAUCUGAUGCGAGUGUGAAGUGGAUAUAAGCUUACUUGCUUAUUAAUAUUUCAUAAACAAACAUCUUUAUCGCCAGCGCAUCACAGAUGGCCUCGAAAUCAAAAGAACAGCAAAGUCCUGUGAAGCGGAGAUUUUCAAGCCCCCUGGGAAAUCAGAAAUAUGUUACUAAAGGUAUUCCUCCUCGCUUCAAAGCGAGUUUGAAAGAUUUUCGCUCUUUUGGUCCCGUGAAGCAGAGCAAGCAAAGAGGAGAUCUGGGACCUAACCAUGGAAGACCGUGGAGGAAGCCUCAGAAAGGUGCAGCUGUCAGGUUUCAUUUUGGAGGGAACAGUGCAGACCCACUGAACUUGAACAGUUUAAUAGAUCGUGAUCCCGCCAUUGUGACUCCACAGGCUUCACCAUUGUCUGUACACAGUGAAUCCCCAGUUGAAGUGUUGGAACCACGUGAUAAAACUGACCCUCUUAAUCUGAAAGGCUUUCUUCCAGAGCCUGAAAACAAUACAACUCAUGUCACACCAAAGAAACGCAAGAAGAAGAAGCGACCUCAGAAUACUCAGCAUGACACAGAAAAUGAAAUAGGACCAAAAGAGCAAUCAAGUGUAUUGAGUCAACAACAUGGGACACUUUCUGAGGGCAAAAGGAAGAGAAAAAAGAACCCUGUAAAAGCAGAGGAAUUGUCUCAUGGCAAAAAAGUUACUGAAGCGAGCAUAUGCGAUACUGAUCAGUGUGCUGCAAAGUCAGCAAAAACCAAUGAUAAGUCAAUAAGUGUAGAAGAACUUGAACCAUCACCCAAGAAGAAGGCUUCUAUCUCUUUAAAGACUUCAGUGGAGGUAGAUAACAUAAAUCAUGCUAUCACUAAAAUAGAAGACUCUUCUUCAGCUGUUAAACUUGUAAAGACCUCGGAGAAACAUCGAGAAAUCGGAAAAUGUCAUGGAUCGCACAAGAGCAAGGAUCCUAAGAGAGAGAAACAAAACUCAUCCGGGAAACAUAAGAGAAAGGAGAAACUCUUUAUCUACGGCAACUACAAUAGAUACUAUGGUUACAGAAACCCACAGUGCAGUCAAGAUUUAAGACUAAAAUGCUUCAAUAAGGAGUGGUUCCAAGGAAAGGCUGUUUUAGACUUAGGUUGUAAUGUGGGUCAUGUAACGCUGUCAAUUGCACGAGACUUUAAUCCACAAGCCAUCACUGGAAUAGACAUUGAUCCCAGCCUAAUAAAGGCAGCAAAGAACAAUUUGCGGUAUUAUGUGCAAAGUCAAGUUUCAGUGUCGGGAACUUCGAGAAGAGGAAUAGAUUUUCCAAUGUCAUUUUCUGUUACAAGUGGACCACUGGCUGCUCCUGUUGUUCUAGGCAGUGAAGAAAAAACUGCCUUUCCGCAUAAUGUUGUUUUCAAACAGGAAAACUAUGUUCCAAGCAGCAGUGAUGGACUUUCCAAGCAAAGGCCUAUAUAUGACAUGAUUUUGUGUUUGAGUCUCACAAAGUGGAUCCAUCUAAACUGGGGAGAUGAAGGGCUUAAACUGAUGUUCAAACGAAUUUUCAUGAAUCUGCAUCCUGGUGGAAGACUUAUCCUUGAACCACAGCCAUUCUCAUCGUACAAAAAGAAGAGAAAUUUGACGGAGAAGAUCCGUUCAAAUUACGAUGCCAUUAGGUUUCGCCCUGAGCACUUUGUUGACUACCUUCUGUCUGAAGCAGUGGGAUUUGCCACUUUUGAAGUUCUGGAGGUUCCACAACACAAAGCAUCUGGUUUUCAGCGGCCUCUGUACCUUCUCACUAAGGCUUCAAAUGACUAAGAGAAAUCAUCAGAUGAAAUAAACUAGGACUCGAAUGUAAUGUGCAACAUUUGCAAUGGUUUGCUCACACACAGCUGCAGCAGAGUGUCAAGAAUUUGUUAGCAACUAGUUAACACCACCUACACUAAGUUCUGAGCUGCAACUUAAACUUGACAACAUAUUGCAAUCUCCAUACAGUGUUGAAAGAGUAGAGAUGAACUCUCUCAUAAUUUGGCACAUCCCUGCCAGAAAACGCACUCUAAACACAUGGUCCCAGCCACAUAGCAACACUAUGUUUCUAACCUACCACGUGUUUUAGCAGAAUCUCAAAAUAUAACUACAUGACCUAGGCCCUCUGAACUGAAACUCUUAAAACCACAAGUGACAACAUCUGUUUUUAAUGUCAAUAGGACAAAGAAGGUACUGGUGUCAUUUUAAAGGCUUAAUGCAAUGUACCUCCUUAGAUUUUGACUUGAUUGUUUAAAUUGUAAUCAGCUGUUAUCUCUGUCUUCUUUUUGCUGCGAGAUCUUCAAUACAAUAAUACUGUGAAACCUCUAUUAAGCAGACACACACAGAACCUUCACUAAGGUUACACAGUGUAAUAAACUUCUGCACUAGCUGUUACCUAGCUAUCCUGAAUUCAAUUCUUGAACAACUUUGAUUUUGUUUGUAAUCUGUCUUCUCCAUACUGUGUGGGCUUGUCAAUUUUCAGUUGACUCUUUCAUCAAUCAUGGCUUUACAGUUAAUUCAAUACUGCACACUGUAAAUUUGGGCUGGUAUGUGUUUAUAGAGGUUUUAACAGUUCUACAUCCCCUCAAUAGUAGCCUGCAAACACAGAUGGAUUUCCGGCUUUUGUAAGCCAGAAAAUUACGUCUGUGUUCGCAAGCUGCCUUGACAGAGGUGUCCACUGAAUUUAGGUUCAGUUGUUAAGGGAAAUGUAAGAUGCUAAUUUUGUUUCAGAUUUAAUGAAGAGUGUCUGCUUAAUUGGAGGUUCACUUGCUGCAAUAGAGGUACAAUGGUUGUUUCAUUCAUUGUAUGCUUGAUAGUAACUCAGAAUAGUUUUCUGCUAUUUUUCUGACUGUUGACUGUUGACAGCUGACGGGGGUUAAAGGGUUAAAAAAGGAAAGCAGCAUUUUAAAAAACCUUUCAAUUUACAUUUGGUCCUGGUUCAUGUAAUUGGUUUACCUAUAUUAAUAUGGGUAGAUUUCAAUGAAACAGGUUUACCGUUGUAACUUCUAGUAACCAUAUGGUAAUAUGGUUCUCUGAAAUAAAUGUUUUAGUCUGACAAUGUGUUCAUUGUUUUCAAUUCAUGUAGAGUAAAGUUAAAAGUAGGCUUCUUAGAAUUGUGGAGGCAUAGUGGCCUCGUGAUUAGUGCGCUUAGCUCCAGAUUGAGUGGUCGAUUUAUCGUGUUCAAACAAAGUUAUUCAUUCAUUUAUUCAUUCAGUCUGGGUUCAUGCCCUGGCUGGGGUCACUUUGUUGUGUUCGUGGGCCAGACACUUCACAGUGCCUCUCUCCACCCAGGUGUAUAAAUGGGUACCAAUGAAUUUAAUGCAGGGGUAACCAUACAAUGGACUAACAUCCAGGGUGGAAUAGAAAUAGUACUUCACACUACAGAAACUGGGAUAAGCUCAGGCCUGAUGAGCCACUUGGCUCGUAUGCAGACUUGACCUCUUUACCUCUUACUCACCUCUCCCUGCUCAGGAAGGUCCCAUGUUAGUCAGCCUGAAGUGUGUGCAAGGUGUUUUUAGUGGGUGCUAGUGAGCAACUGAUUGUAAAGCUGGCAUUUUGAAUUUGCAAAACGUAAAGGGGCAGCCUUUUUUCCAAGGCAGUCCAAUCUUUUUGACUUGUGAAAGUUUAAUUUUACAGGAGAUAGGGCCAUAGCUUGUAACAGUGAACUGUAACACUUACUUCUGAGCACUGGAAAAUUUCUUUUGAAUUUUUUUGUUUUCAAGAUCCUAAUUAAGAACAUGUUAAAAAUGUGUACAUAUGAAAUUUUUUCCUCAUUUUGCCUUGGAAAUUUUCAUCUUGUUAAGUCCCUGGGAGAUGGUGGAACAAUUCAUCCAUAUCAGAUUGCUGUCAGGGUUAUAGGGUGAGGGGAAUAAGCCUCAAUUAUGUGAUAGCAGAGCUCCGGGCUGCCAAGCAGCACACUAUAACUAUAGGAAUAAGAUCAGAUGCAUACACAGAAACAGAAAACCAUGCAACUUUUUUUUUCAUAGUCAACAUGACUAGCUGCAUGGAUGGUGGGUGUGUGCGCCCAGCGAUGACAUCACACAACAUGGCAGCCAUACCCCAGCUAAUAUCAAGCCAAGCAGCAUUGGUUUACAGCAUACGUCUUUCAUGUUGGACAUCCAUGUUAUUAGCAAUAUUUGACACCUGUCAAAAUGAGGUAUUCGCUGACCAGUAUCACUUGAUCAUAUUGCAGGCUCAAGUUAAGACCUCAUCGACGUCAUGUGUUUUUAAGUUGACUGCUGACCAAAUACUGGAUUUCUGAUGGAUUGCAGGCUCAAGUAAGGUCAGGCCUGGGUUUUUGGAAGCCGGUUAAUGCUAACCCAGGAUUAAACGUUAACUGAAGUAUGAAUUA